UCUCAACGGAACGGUCGCAUUUUCCGAAUAGUUCGAGUGUGCAUCGUAGCAGGCGCGCGCGCGUGAAUUUCCCUCUGCACUCUUUUUUUCCUUUCCACAGUGGAAUAUUUCCUAACCUCGAGGGGGCCAACUUCCGCAGACAGCGUGGCGCGUCGAAUCGUAGCAAGCUGUUUUUGAAGACAGACAGGCGUGGACCAGCAGCAGGACAACCGAAACAUAUCAAAGGAGAGGCGGGCAGCAGCACCAGCAUGGCAUCGAUAGACUACGACUAUCUAAUCAAAUUCCUGACCGUCGGCGACUCCGGCGUCGGCAAGACGAGCUUCCUGUACCAGUACACGGACGGCGUGUUCCACACCAAGUUCAUCUCGACCGUCGGCAUUGACUUUCGCGAGAAGCGAGUGCUCUACACCUCGAACGGCAUCAACCACCGGAUACACCUGCAGCUGUGGGACACGGCCGGCCAGGAACGGUUCCGCAGCCUGACCACCGCAUUUUACCGCGACUCGAUGGGCUUCAUCCUGAUCUUCGACAUCACCAACGAGCAGAGCUUCCUGGACGUGCAGAACUGGAUGGAGCAGCUGCGGCUGCACGCGUACUGCGACGACCCGGACAUCAUCCUGUGCGGCAACAAGGCCGACCUGGACCACAAGCGGGUCAUCAGCGAGACGCGGGCGAAGGCGCUGGCGGACAAGUACCAGAUCGAUUACAUUGAGACGAGCGCGUUUACGGGGCACAACGUGAAGAUGGCUAUUGAGUUGUUGCUGGACAAGGUCAUGAAGCGGAUCGAGACGAUCGUGCUGAGUUCGACGAUUCAGGCCCGGCGAGGGGUGCCCAAGUUGUUUGUGGACACGAAGAAUCCGCCGAUUAGGCUGGACGGGGGUGGGACCACCGUUUCCGAUGAGGACCAUGUGCCGACUGGGUGCAGGUGUUGAACUGAGAGUUGUGUUUUUGUAGUAUUUGGGACGGAAAAUAGUUGAAUUUUUGUCGGAAUAGAAUUUUAUACCACUCUACUCGAGCGUCAAUCGGAAGAUUGUCUUUUUGAAAGAGAAUUGACAUGGCUCUACGCCAAACCAAGGUUGUUAGAGAAGAUCCUCACAAGACACAUGUUGGAUACUCCUGGAAGGAGACACAAUUUAGCAAACGAAAAUAUACUUCUUGUAACAGUAAGGUUAGAACUCUAAUUAUAUCGAUAUUUGUAGAACCACGCAAGCGGAUGUUGUCGGUGUAACCUUAAGCUAAAAACCAAAGAAAACCUAUACAAAAACAUCUUGUGAAUAAGACAAUAUUCAUUGAAUGAAAUAUGAGAAACCAAAGAAUAAAAAGCCAGUAUUAUUGAAUGUUGACCACCCGUAGUAGAUGUAUUCAAAUGUUGAUGAGAGAAUAAACC